AUGUCGACGUACGGCGCAAGACACUACAAUUCUCAAGCAACUUUCUCCACGCCAGCAUCCACUACGCUUUUCAGGCGUCUUACAUGGGAAGGGACUGUACCCCUCGAAGUUCGUGUCGAUUCCAAAGAGCUACCAGCCAAUUCAGACAGAGGACUCGAAUGCUACUAUGUGCAGGCCCCGAGAGUCAGCUAUCUCCCCCUACUCAUGCCUGAGAUUCGGCGCUUUCUGAUGGACGUUGUGUUCGAUGAAGCGGCGGCUGAGAUCCUCAAGGAGGAUGAGUGGUGGUUUGAGAGUGAGGACGGGAUUCCUAUGAAAUGGCAUUGGUCGAUUGGACUCAUUUAUGAUAACCACGCUAUAUCUCAUUCUCUGCGAUCAACCCGUGUGGCGACCUCCGGGGUCCCCUUGAAACUCACUCUACAUCUCGCAUCUCCGCCGUCGGAUAAAUUACUUCUGUCCCCCAGCGUCGAAGCAUGCAAACAAGCGUUCAUGGGGCAGUUAAAGGAGGCCGAUUUCAUACGAUGGGGAAAUACUAAGCGUAUGACGAGUUUACGGAAAGCAGAACAAGACGGGAUAUGGGAAGGCAUUAAGGAACAUAAUUUUGAUGACUUUUGGCGGGUUGCAUCAAAGGUGACGCCAACAACUGCCCCAACCCGGACUCAGUCUCCCCCUCCAUCGUCGGCGUCAGUCCACGGCCGCCCACCGUCCGCUGAUCCAGGAAAUGUUCCUGAUCGAGACGGAGCCUAUAGCGUACGCUGUAUUCCCGUCAGAGUGUAUCUACCGGACGGUCCAGUACUCCAAGACCUCGUACCACCCAUGGUGGAAGAUGGUUCCCCGAAUACCCUCGGACAGUAUCUCGCCACUCAUAUACCAUUGCUGUUUCCUCUUCAACCGCCCCCUCCGCCGCCAUCAAGAACUAACCCCAAUCCACAAGCUCCUGCAGUACAACAAUUAGCGUAUGCCCUCAUCCAGGGUGUCCUCGCACCUCCUGAAGCUGAGAUGGCGUGGCUUGGGGCAUGUCUUGCGGGCGCCGAUGGGUGGGUCAACGUAUGUGUUGGAUUAGUUCGAUAG